AUGGAUUUUGAGAGCAGGUCCCGAGAGCCUAGCCGGCGGUCAUCAGAAAGCACCAUCAAUUCCUCCAACGCUCUGUUACCGACGUCGGCCGAUGAUGCUUCACGACCGGCAAAUGAUAGCCCAGCACCAGAAGCCGGCUCAGUACUAACACGCCUAUACAUCUCACACACACUCUCAGCAUGGAACUCACGCAUGUUCGAAUUUGGCGCCGUGCUCUUCCUAGCUUCGAUCUUCCCGGGCACACUACUAUAUGCUUCGAUAUACGCUCUAGUGCGGGCGUUUUCAACCGUCGUGCUGUCGUCCUGGCUGGGUGCGCAAGUUGAUCGCUUAGACCGGCUCGUAGCUGUGAGGUAUUCCAUUGUGUGGCAAAGAGUCCCUGUCGCGGUGUCGUGCUUGUGCUUUGUGGCAACCCUGUCUACGGACUCUUGGGUGCUUACGAUUGUCUUGUUCGCUGUGCAGGGCUUGCUGGCUUGUAUAGAGAAAUUGGCCGCUUCGGCUAAUACGGUAGCUGUGGAACGGGAUUGGGCAAUCGUGAUCUCGGAUAGUAUCAAUGUCCCUCGACAAGACUUGAACGCCUCCAUGAGACGAAUCGAUCUAUUCUGCAAGCUCGUGGCACCAGUAUUCAUCUCCUUGAUCGACAGCAUAUCAUCCCGAUACGCAAUUUGGACAGUAUUCACCCUGAAUACCGCAUCAGUGCUGGUCGAAUAUAUGGCCAUUGCCCAGGUCUACCAAUCAGUUCCCGCCUUGACCAAGACACAAGCUCCCACAACACAAGCAGAUGAUAUAAAUAGCGAGAGCGACGACCCUAACCAGAACACAUCAUCUCGCGAGAUACCCCACUCCUUGCCAGAGUCAUCACUAGCACCAUGGAAGGAGUACAUAGCCAGCCCAGUCUUCCUAGCAUCAUUUGCCCUGAGCCUGCUCUACCUAACAGUCCUAUCAUUCGGCGCAACAAUGACCACGUACCUGCUGCACACGGGCUUUACCUCGUUACAAGUCAGCUACAUGCGCAUCGGCUCCGUGGCCGCCGAGCUAUCUGGCACAUGGACAGCGCCUAUGAUCAUGAACCGGAUCGGUCCGAUUCGGUCCGGGCUAUGGUUCCUGAACUGGCAGUUUGUCUGCGUGGCUGGUGCGGCCGUUUCUUUCGUUGCUUGGGACUCGAGCUCGCGGUUCGUGGCGGGCACGCUGAUUGCGGGCGUGGCUUUGAGUCGGAUUGGGCUCUGGGGAUUCGAUUUGUCCGUUCAGUUUCUUGUUCAGGAGAAUAUACCGGAACAUGCCCGUGCCCGCUUCUCUGCGACUGAAAUGGCGCUGCAGAAUGUUUUCGAGAUGCUUUCUUUUGCCUCGACUAUUGCUUUCCCGCUGCCGGCUCAGUUCCAGUAUCCGGUGCUGAUCAGUUCUGGAGCUGUGAUGGUCGCUGCUGUUUGUUUUGCGGCUUAUGUGCGCAAGGAACGAGGUCAUCUACUGCAUCGAUCGCGGUGUAUGGGUGGGGAUAAAGUGUUAUAUCGAGCGAUUGAGUCUGAGUCAGUUUAG